CUGGGGUUUGACGCUGGCUCAAGCGGGGCAACGGAGAGGACAUGUCCUUGGAGGUGCCCAAUAGCAUUCCAAAGGAUGUAGAGGCGAAUUUCGUCCUCGGACGUGACGAGGAAGACGCGUCAAGCAUUGUGGGCCAAGAUCGCGGGCGUGAAUACGUUCAAAGCUCAGAAUCACAUACCGGGUAUUCCAGUGAUGAGGGAAUGUCUAACUCGCUGUCUCAAAGCCAGCCGGACAGUCCACAUUCUCUUCCUCCCUCUUCCUCUCGUCCCGUCGCUACUACCUUUAUAGAGUCCGUUCCGCCCUUGAAAUUGCCGAAUGAGCACCAAAUUUCCGAUCCCUCUGAACCAGACCCUCCCAUAGCUUUAGCCAAUGACGACCCUGACGUCGAGGAAGACGAAGGCGGCUCUGAGUUCAGUGAUGGUUCCGCAGACGAACCCAGCAGCGAGUCUGAGUCCGAAGAGGAUGAUAGUGAAGUGGAAGAAGAAGAGCCUGCACUCAAGUAUGAAAUAGUUGGAGGGGCAGUUCAAGACAUUCUCGCAAAGGAUUCUGCCAGUGCGCUCGAUAUCUCACAACGCCUUAUGGCUCUUGGGACACAUAAUGGCAUGGUCCACGUACUGGAUCUUCACGGCAAUAAAGUGAAGUCAUAUCGUCCUCACUCUGCAACAAUCAAUCAACUGGUUAUCGACUCUGAUGGCGAGUUUAUCGCCACAGUGUCAGUCGAUGGCACCGUUGUCAUUCACGCUUUGACAACUCCGGAAGUAUACAAGUUUGACUUCAAGCGUCAGAUGAGGACAAUUUCCCUGGAACCAUCAUUCUCUAGGCGAAAUUCUAGAUCUUUCGUCUGUGGUGGCAUGGCCGGUAAGCUAGAAUUACACGAGAAGUCUUGGCUCGGGCACAGAGAAACCGUUCUCCACUCUGGGGAAGGUCCCAUUUGGACGUCCUCCUGGUCCGGAACGUUGAUCGUGUGGGCCAAUGAUGUUGACGUGAAAAUUUAUGAUACGGGGAGUGCACAAAGGGUUGCACAUAUUGAUCGUCCAUCCGACAGUCCGAGGGCGGACUUGUAUAAGUGCACUCUACAAUGGCGCGAUGAUACGACUCUUUUAAUAGCCUGGGCAGACUAUGUAAAAAUUGCUCGUGUCAAGCCGCGGACUGGGGCUGCUGCGGCAAAGAGUCCUUACGUGGUUGAAAUUGCGGCAAUUUUUCAUGUGGAUUGUAUGAUAUCAGGCAUUGCACCACACCCCUCACCCCCCGGAUCCUUCAUCAUCCUCUCCUAUAUCGUUCCCGACAAAAUCAUUAAUGAGGUGACCAGUUCCCGCGAGGAGCAACGCCGAAAGGCAGCACAUCGGCCGGAACUACGCAUCAUUUCACGUGCGGGCGAGGAGAUUUCUAAUGACGUGCUGGCUCUAGCUGGAUAUGAACUCUAUAGUUGCAACGACUACUCUCUUCGACCAGCUUUCGUAGGGAUAUCCGAGGGAACCAACCCUUUAGAAGGUUUUUACGUCGUCGCCAGUCCUAAAAGCGUCACCGUAGUCAAACCACGGGAUGAAGUUGACCAUGUUCAGUGGCUAGUAGAGCACCAGAGGUUCGCUGAAGCACUUUCCGAGAUCCAAAGACUUGAGAAGACGGGUGCGGUGCGAGGACUGGAUGCAACAGACGUGGGGAAAAAGUACAUACGCCAUCUCUUCCAACAAGGUGAAUACUUACUGGCCGCUCAACUAUGUCCCAAAGUUUUUGGACAAGACGCCCAAUCGUGGGAGGAAGAAGUUUUCCGUUUCUUGGGAAAGGGGCAAUUGCAAGCCAUCAUUCCCUAUAUUCCGACGUCGCAGCCACAACUGGGACGGAUGGUUUACGAAGUCAUUCUUGCUCAUUAUCUCGCGCAAGACCAAGAGGCACUUCUCAGAACGCUGAAAGAAUGGCCUGUAGGGAUUUUUGACAUCCCUGCUGUCAUUAAUGCGGUCCGCUCGGAGCUAGAGAGGAUUCCUAGUUCACCAAUCUUGAUGGACUGCAUGGCCGAAUUGUACAUUAUGAAUCGGCAGCCCACGCUUGCCCUCCCAUUCUUUUUAAGGCGACGUCGACCAGGCGUGUUCGAUCUUAUUCGUGACCACAACUUAUUUACAGCAGUCAGGGAUCAAGCACUUCUGUUGGUUGAAUUUGAUGAGGACUUGGAGAGGCAGAGGCGACAAGAAACGGGGGAAGCCGAACAAUUCGGAGAGAAGGGACGUCCUCUCAAAACAAGCAAGUCGAUAUCGCUUCUCGUAGACCACGUACAUUCUAUUCCAAUCGCCCGUGUUUUUCAGCAACUUCAGGGACGACCAUACUUCCUUUAUCUUUAUCUGGAUGCACUUUUCGACAAGGAUCCUUUACUAGUCUCUGAACAUGCCGAUAGACAGAUCCCUUUAUAUGCCGAAUUUGCACCAAAGCGUCUCAUCGACUUUCUGCGCGCGAGCCAAUACUAUAGUUUAGAGAAGGCGUACCAAGUGUGCACAAUUCGAGACAUGGUUCCUGAAAUGGUAUACCUGUUGGGAAGGAUGGGCAACAAUAAGAAGGCUCUUAACCUUAUCAUCGAGAGACUCGGUGAUGUUAACAGAGCCAUCGAUUUUGCGAAAGACCAGCGGGACAAUGACUUGUGGGAGGACUUGCUCACAUACUCUGAAACACGCCCAGCAUUUAUCCGUGGGCUCUUGGAGAACGUUGGGCCGGAAAUUGAUCCUAUUAGGCUGAUACGACGGAUCAAGAAUGGACUGGAAAUUCCAGGCCUGAAAGAUGCUCUGAUCAAGAUCCUUUGGGACUUCAAUCUUCAGAUAUCGCUGAUGGAAGGCUGUCAACGGAUCUUAAAUGUGGAUGGUUCUGGGCUUUCAGAGCGGCUCCAAACAAAGCAAGUGUCUGGAUUCCUCGGUGGACCCACACAGAUAUGCCCGAUCUGCCACGAACUCCUCUAUCCAUCCCCUCAGCUUUCAUCUCUAAACAUCAACCCUCCCACGUCGCAAUCUCAGCCUUUGGUGAUUGUCUUUUUAUGUCGACACGCAGUUCAUGCACACUGUAUUCGUGGAGGAAGUGCCCUGCCACGCCGAGCCGAUGACACCGUUCUUAGUUUCUUACGUAUUGACCAAAACGCUCCAGCUUUUGGUGGUGGCGCCCCAAUGAGAGACUCCAUCAGCUCGAAGAUUGCGUACGCAACAAUGGUGCGCGCGCGGCUGGAAGAGAGCUGUCCUGUUUGCGAUCAUCGUCGGACUUGAUAACUAGUUCGGCUUUUGCUAUUCUCUGCGCGCUUCCGUUCUCGUUGAUACCCAUGGUAGUGCACAAGAACGCUUAUGGCUGUAUAAUCUAAUACUCGUAUAACAUGCACUGCCCAAAAAUUCCAGAUUUGCUUCCAUGUUUGUUCAU